CAACAUACGACCGCACCUGACGAAACUCUGUUCAUUUACGUUUCUUUCCUCUGCCACUUUGCGCUCCAACCCACAGCGGAAGGAAAAAACGACAGAAAGAAACUUUGUGUACAGAACUUUAUGGCCGAUCGUAUAUACUUUGCCUCCGGCUGGGCAAAAAGAAGAUGACACAUCGCCGAAGUAAGUACCGCCACAUAAAGCCUUAAAUCACGGCGCAAUCUAGCAUCAACCCGUCAAAAAGUCUCCGUUUUUUCGCGCCACUCCGCUUUCUUCCUUGAAGCCAAACAAACCAUUUCGCCGCAGGCGCAUUUUAGCUGCUUCGUUUUUCAUUCUCGAUUGUCUUCCGUUUAAGGAUUAGUAACGACUCUCUACCAGUGGUUGGGAUAGUGAAAGCAUUCUGUUGCAAUGAGAGGGCGUGAAGGAGAUAUAUACUCCACUUACAAACGUGCAUUGAACAAGGAAAAUCUUCUUCCCCAAGGGAGAGAAGAACUAGACCACUCACAGAAUGAGGGUUAUGAAGUAGAGCUCGGGAAUCCCUCCUGGAAGCGCCCGUUGCGACAUAUACUGGUCGCUACUCUUUCGUCAUUCUUAUUUGGCUACCACCUCGGGGUUGUUAAUGAGACUCUAGAAAGCAUUUCUUUGGAUCUUGGCUUUGCUGGUAGUACCAUGGCUGAAGGUCUGGUGGUCAGUACGUGUUUAGCUGGUGCAUUCGUUGGCUCUAUAUUUAGUGGCUGGAUAGCUGAUGGGGUUGGUCGGCGUAGAGCAUUUCAAUUGUCUGCUUUGCCAAUGAUCAUUGGUGCUUCUAUCAGUGCCUCAACAAGUACUCUUGGAAGUAUGCUUAUUGGAAGGGUGCUUGUCGGUACAGGGAUGGGUCUUGGUCCACCUGUUGCCGCUCUCUAUGUGGCAGAGGUUUCACCUGCCUUUGUACGAGGUACUUAUGGGAGCUUCACUCAGAUUGCAACAUGCAUUGGUCUCAUGUGUUCUCUCUUCAUCGGCAUCCCAUCCAAGGAUGUUGUUGGCUGGUGGCGAGUUUGCUUUUGGGUGUCUUCUAUACCGGCAGUUCUACUUGCCAUAUUGAUGGAGUUCUCUGUAGAAAGCCCCCAUUGGCUUGUUAAGAGAGGAAGAAUUGGAGCAGCUGAAGAAGAACUUGGGAGACUGAUGGGAGGGUCACAUGUUAGUUCCGCGAUGGCAGAAUUUUCCAAGUCAGACAAAGUAGAUGAGGGUGAUAACGUUAAGAUGUCAGAUUUAUUUUAUGGCCACUAUUUUAGAGUGGUUUUCAUCGGGUCUUCCUUAUUUGCUUUGCAACAACUGUCUGGUAUAAACGCUGUCUUCUAUUUCUCUUCAACCGUAUUUAAAAGUGCUGGAGUACCUUCAGAUAUCGCAAACAUCUGUGUAGGGGUUGUAAAUUUGACAGGGUCCAUUAUUGCCAUGAGUUUAAUGGAUAAACUAGGAAGGAAGGUGCUUCUUCUGUGGAGUUUCUGGGGAAUGGCGGUUGCAAUGUUUUCUCAAGUAAUGGCAGCAUUUUCAUUCACACCGGACUCAGCAAAAGUAUAUAUGUCUGUUGGUGGCAUCCUAAUGUUUGUUCUGGCAUUCGCUUUUGGGGCUGGGCCGGUGCCUAGUCUGCUCCUAUCAGAGAUAUUCCCAAGUCGAAUUAGGGCGAAAGCAAUGGCUAUCUGCAUGGCUGUACAUUGGGUCAUAAACUUUUUUGUGGGUCUUUUGUUCUUGCGUUUACUCGAACAACUCGGUCCACAAGUUCUGUAUACAACGUUUGGCGCAUUUUGCUUGAUAGCAGUGGCCUUUGUGAGGAGAAAUGUGGUUGAAACGAAGGGCAAAACACUUCAGGAAAUUGAGUUUGCCUUCAUUCUGCCUCAUUAGCUGUUGUUAAUUGAUCCUACCAGUCUACCACUCGUUUUUGCUGCAGCUUUUCAGGGAUUGAAGGCCAGUCGGAAAUGACUCUCCUACUGUAGACUCUAGAAGACCGCAGUAUCCUGUACAGUAACCCUUUGAAUAGCCACCCUACUUUGAAACAUAUCUAUGGAAACUUUAUGAAGAAUAAGUGUGUUGAUUCUUAUUACCUCAACUUUUCUGCUCAGUUGUGCAGUUGUGCUCAUCCAAAAUGCUAAGCAUCUUUCUCGAUUCUUUUUUAGUUUCCCUUACCGCGAAUAGGGAUUACAGCUAGGUAUUACUCUCAUUCUAUUUGUUUUUUCAUGUAAUUCACACCUUUAACAAGAGUAGGAUUGUAUUAGCAGGAAGCGAGUGUAUUUUGGACUUAAUCUUUUUAUUCUUAUGGGAUGUUAUGGACUAAAAUGUUUAUGGAAAACUUGACAAGCAGAUGUAUUUGUAAUUCUUUUCAAUCGAAUCGGAGGCCACACUAUUGACCGCUUUCUUCUUCUUUAGACGAUACCUGUAGUUCUCCAUGAGAUAUUGCUUUACCUCUUUAACAGUUUUCUUUGUUAAUGCAGCUUGAUAGAAAAAUAUAUUUCUGGCUGAUUAGAAGUUAUCUUUGUUCACUUUUAAAGAAAAAUAUAUUAUGAGAACAAUGUUGCUUUAACUCUGGAAUUAAGUCAUUAACCAUGAGGAUGCUUUGCUUAAGAUUUGAGUUGUGUUUCUAGCUAAGUUCGCAUCUCGGAAUGAUGAUGCUGUUUAACUUCCACCAUUUCAUAUUGUCGCUCUAACUUCUUUCAAUCGCCAGUUGAAUUCUAAGCA